GACCAGUACUCUGGGUAAUUGGACGCCUUCGCGCAACAGUCGAAUUUGAACGUGAAGCUGUGACAAUGUUCGACAGAAAGGAGACCGAUAAUGGGUACAUUAUUUACGUGAAUACGCGCAACAAUCAACAGGUGAUGCAGAUGGAUCCCAAGCUGCAGGAUGUGCUGAACUUCCUGAAUGGGUCCUACAUUACAAAGCACUAUAAAUACCGCUGUGCCGCCCGGCUGAGUGCUAUCCGGAAGAGACUGUUCACGUCCAACAUCCCUUUCCAUGUGGUGCUGUCCAUCCUGGAGCGGCACCAACUCGGCCAGAGUGUGGAUGACGCUCCUGUUAUAAAACCUGGCCAGUUGACGAGUGUUCUGCAUGAUAUCUUCUACGCUAACGACAAACUGAAAUGCUUUGUGGACGAGAAGGGAUUCGACGUGGAGGAAGCCACAGGUUUGCUGGCCAAUUUCCUCUGGAACGUCUUCGAUCCUCACCGGUGUCGAUCGCUGUCAGGACUGGAACUGAGGGAAGCUCUGCUGCUCUUGUGCGACACAAAUUCCUUCGAGGACUUCAUCAAGCAUCACUUCAAUCUGUCCUCUGAUCACAAUCGCUGCGUGCCACAUCACAAGUUCAAAUCUCUGCUCCUGGUGUUGACCAGAAUCCUCAACUACAUUGACAGGGAGAUUUGUUGCGACGACAAGACGAUCUCAUCGAUUGUGCAAGAGGCUUUCGACUUUGCCGAGUGUCCAGGCAUAGCUGGACUCAAUGAGUACCAAUUCUACAAGAUCUGGGCCUCAGACGAGAUUCAGUUCCAUCACUAUGUGGAACUUCUGGCCACGAUGCGUCGCAUUGAGGCGUACAGGGGCUUCGUGCAUCCUCAGAAGUGCUCAGGUUGUCUGUGUCAGGAGAUCACAGGCAUCCGCUUCAAGUGUCACCGCUGUGCGAGAUUCAAUCUCUGUCUGGAGUGCUUCCUGAAGGACUUCCAGAGCAAGAAACACCUGCCCAGCCAUAAAAUGUCCGAAGUCGAGACUGAAGAGAAAAUGGCCAAACGUUUUGGUAUUUUUAUGCUGAAGAUGUGUCAUCUGUUUGACUCUCCUCCUCAGCCCACCACUGAAACACCAGCAAAAGACACUUCUCGGAAGCCACAAGAGCAAUCCACAAGACGCAUCUCGCAGCAUUUCAACCAGAACUUAACGAUUCGCUCCAAGGGUGGCACUUUCCGCCUUCGAAAGCCCCAAUUUACCACCAAUGACCAGCUCUAUGGGAUCAUUCAGCUGCUGACUAGUGAAAACUCCGUGUUUCAGUCGAAAUUGUCUGAGAUUCAAACAACGUGUGAUCCGAAAUCUGACUUUUACACAUAUCUCGAGUGCCACAAGAACAUCAUCACCGAACAAAUUGAGCAAUUGCGGGGCAUCUGGAAGCAAUCGCUAAUCAAUCAGAAGCCGCACUACUCAAGCACACCUCACAGACCGCCUCUGAUGAGUGUUAAUUGGCAGAAGACGGAGAUUCAGGAAGAAGUUCCGUCCACGGAGAGAACAAUUAGAGGCAUUGAUAUCAACAAGACAUACUUCGACGCCAAUCGAUCGGAUUAUUCGGUGCAGGAUGUGAGUUCGUGGCUGCAGAACAGGAAGCCGUCGGAGCAGGAAAGUGCAGAUGUGUGUGAUAUGUCAAUGCUGGAAUCACAGAUGGUGAACUUUCGGGAUUUGCUGUCGAAGGUGAAGGAGAUUGUUGAGGAUUCCUACAGCGAUAAUAUCCAACUGUCGAAAGCCACUCACCAGCUGGAGUAUGUUCUUGACAGGAUAAUCGGGCAGGCGGAGGAGCAGAAGAAGCAGGGCCGGGAAGAUUAGUUGUUGUGAAUUCCGCCACGAUGACGGCAAAAUCCAUGCUUUAAAUUCGCAAUGCAUUAAUAAGCGAUUGGCUCGAUGUCAGGUGAGUGGCACAAAAGGAAUUUAUGUAAGAAGAACAUUAGCCACUAUCGCGAUAAUUGUAUACAAUCUCUAGAAAGGAGUUUACGACAAAACUGAUUAUUUUUAUACGGUUGCAAAUUGCAACAUGAGACAUUCUAUAAAAAUGAGCUUGUAACUUUGUCAUAUAAAUUUGCAAGAGGAAAAAAGUGACGAAUAAUAUUAGGGAAAUCCAUGCUGAGGAACCCACAACAGACCGUGAACUUCGUAGUGCGAGUAACUCUGGGUGUCGACCUGUGGGACAAUCGCUGAAUUUUUAUUGUUAGUUUACAAGCUAUUGCGGCAUGUGUAGACUCCACAAUCAAAUUGCAGGUCAGGAAAGACUCCAAUGUCGCGCCCGUCUGAUUCCGUAAACACUGAAUGCGGGGAGAUUUCUGCCUCUGACCAAUCAAACAUUCCAGAGUCUAUUAAUAAAACACUGUCCAAUGAAGAGGCAUAGCGAAAAAAUCUGCGUCUCGCUUUAUUUCUUCUAACAUGUAUCGGAAAAGCGUCUCUCGGUAGUCAAGAUACAUUGACAUCAAUGAGGAAGUCCAUUCUAAAGUAAUUUGUAGGCGUUUUCACCGCUCGUGCAACCUUGAAAAUAAUGCGAUUUCAGCAAAUUUAUUCAACUGUUGAUGUCCACGUCACAGCAACAGGUUGACUGCAAUAGUCGCCUAUCACUAGCCAGUAUAUUUAUUUAUAAUACUCUUGUGAUGGGUUUUUGCACUGUUCAUCUUGAAGUGAGUGGAUCAUUGGCUACUGUAGACGCAUUUCAAGCGAUGAUGGUCCGGCAUUGAUGACGAAAGUGAUGAGGUAGUUCAUGUCCACGCAUGAAAAUGUGAAUGAGCAAGAGAGUGCUUAAGAAAUUAGACACUUUUUCGGUAAAUUGACAGGUAAUUUGCGUAAUAAACGUAACAAUUGCUCAUGAGAUAUUUACAUUAUGACUUGCAAUGUUGGAAAAAUAAUUUGAUAUUUGAACAAUUCAAUAUUUCCGUUUUCUGAGAUUUUGAAUGAAUGCUCUCAUAGUUCUAAAAAUAUCUUUUCUAUUUUCUGCAGUGAUUUUAAGAUCUAGAUUAAGGAUAGAAAGCAUCACAAUUAAGAAACUCAAUGAAGCUAUAUCACAGUAUAAGUUUGUAUCAAAUGCAUUUUCUUUUGUAUACAACAAUAAAAUGGCAUACAAAUCAAU